AUGCGGCCACCACCGCACGUCGCCACCUCCCCCUCGGCCGCCUUCCACGCCGGGUCGUCCCGGCGCCGGCCCCGCCACCGCGGCGGGAGCGGGAUGACGAUGUCCGUCUCCUGCUGCCGCGUCGCGGCGCUCGUGUCCCUCCUCGCGGCGGGCGCGGCGACGGCGCUGCUCACAUUCUCCCUGCCCUCCUCCCCCGGCGCAUCCACCACGAGGAGAACCGACUUCGCCGGAGCAUUGUCAGUCGCGAACGAGACCCCGCCACUGCCACCGCCACCGCCGCACUUGUCAGCGCCUCCGGCACCCGCCACGCCGCCCCCUGCUCCGCUGCCCCCGCCCGCCGUGAGGCCUCGAAAACGAGAGCCGUCGUACUGGAGGAUGACGCCGGAGGAGGCGCUGCGCUACGCCAAGACGGAGAUACGGAACGCCGAGCCGGUGCUCGACGACCCCGACCUGUACGCGCCUGUGUUCAAGAACGUCUCCCAGUUCAAGAGGAGCUAUGAACUGAUGGAACGGAUACUCAAAGUUUACAUUUACCAGGACGGCCGGAGGCCCAUCUUCCACACGCCUCCCCUCAGCGGCAUCUACGCCUCCGAGGGCUGGUUCAUGAAGCUCCUCAAGGAGAGCCGCCGGCACGUCGUCGCCGACGCCACCAAGGCGCACCUCUUCUACCUUCCCUACAGCUCCCAGCAGCUGAGGCUCACGCUCUACCAGGCCGACUCCCACAAUCUCAGGCCGCUGGCCGCGUACCUGAGGAACUUCGUCAGAGGCCUCGCCAACAAGUACCCGUUCUGGAACCGCACCAGAGGAGCCGACCAUUUCCUUGUCGCCUGCCAUGAUUGGGGACCUUACACGACGACCGCGCACCGCGAUCUCCGCAAGAACGCCAUCAAGGCGCUGUGCAACGCCGAUAGCUCGGAGGGUAUCUUUACCCCAGGGAAGGACGUCUCCCUGCCCGAAACGACCAUCCGGACCCCGAGGCGGCCGCUCAGGUACGUCGGCGGCCUGCCGGUCUCCCGCCGGAGCAUCCUGGCCUUCUUCGCCGGCAACGUGCACGGCAGGGUCCGGCCAGUGCUCCUCAAGCACUGGGGCGACGGGCAGGAUGACGACAUGCGGGUGUACAGCCUGCUGCCGAACCGGGUGUCCCGCCGGAUGAACUACAUCCAGCACAUGAAGAACAGUCGCUUCUGCCUCUGCCCCAUGGGGUACGAGGUGAACAGCCCCCGCAUCGUGGAGGCGUUCUACUACGAGUGCGUGCCCGUGGUCAUCGCCGACAACUUCGUGCUGCCCUUCAGCGAGGUGCUGGACUGGAGCGCCUUCUCGGUGGUGGUCGCCGAGAAGGACAUACCGGACCUCAAGAAGAUCCUGCAGGGGAUCUCGCGGCGGAGGUACGUGGCCAUGCACGACUGCGUCAAGCGCCUGCAGAGGCACUUCCUGUGGCACGCCAGGCCGAUCAAGUACGACCUCUUCCACAUGAUCCUGCACUCCAUUUGGUUGAGUAGAGUGAACCAGAUUGAGCUCGAGGGCUGA